AUGGGCUUUCCAAGUGAACUGAAACCAUUGACCGUGGAGACUGCGAAGUUACUGGGACCAGAACUGAAGCUCUUCGGGUGGUCUUUUAGCAUUUAUGAUCAGCAUAGCAAGUCUUGGAAUGACUUGGGAGAGAAAGAAGAAGAGUGGAUGGAACAACUUGGGAAGCAUGCUAUUGCUUGCAAGGGUGCACUCAAGACUGUCCAGAUAGAUUUCUGCCCUGAUAACUAUGGAGAGACGGAGAGUGGCGGAUAUCUAUGGGACCGCAUGGAUAACGUUCAAGAUCAUCUUCUCAGACCUAACGGCAUAGAUCUUGUCUAUUCUGCACCUCUCUUAUCCAAAGAUGAUUGGCUAAAUAGGCUAGCGAAGGUCCCGAUCCCGUUCGUUUCGACUUUGGUGGAAUACAGAGAGGAGUCGGAGUCAGAGGUUGAGCCUUGGGGUAUUACACCACCUGGUGUUCAUGGAGGAGAUAUUAGAGAUUGUUUCACUCUGUCGUAG